CGUUAUCAAAAAAUCAGCUGCUUCAGUGUUGAACACCAUCAGUGCCGGUAUUGUCUCUGGCACCAAAUAUUUAUAAAAGACACCUGAAAUUGGUUCAAAAUCAAUGAAAAUAUUAAACAGUAUGUGCCACAAUGUGUUUGCGUUCCGGAGGAAACUGCCACAUCUGCUGCCAUUCACAACUCGUCAGUGGUGCUCACAAACCGGUACAUCAAGAUUACGGAUUCUGUUCUUCGGAACAGACAACUUUUCGUUACCCAGCCUGAAGGUUCUCAAUGAAAACUUGAAAUCGGCCGGAACCGUAUCGUCCCUGGAAGUGGUGACAUCGUUCAAGGCCAAACAGAACCCACUCAAGCUGUACUCGGAAGCGGAACAGUUGCAGCUGCAUGAUUGGCCUCUGAAGCGGCCAUCCGUAGGAGUGGAUUUUGAUCUCGGUGUGGUCGUGUCCUUUGGGCACUUGAUUCCCGAAUCUUUGAUAUCUGCAUUUCGUUUGGGAAUGUUGAACGUUCACGCUAGUUUGUUACCAAAACUAAGGGGAGCUGCUCCAAUUGUGCACGCUAUUCGAAAUGGUGAUACGGAAACGGGAAUCACCAUCAUGAAGAUCAAACCCAGGCAUUUCGAUAUCGGAGAGAUACUGACCCAAAGAAGGGUUCCAAUAUCGGAACAUAUACUGAUGCCGGAGCUUCAUAGUCAAUUAGCAGAUAUCGGUGCCUCUACGCUACUUCAUUGCAUCGAAAAUUUGGAUCGGUACUAUUCCAAGUCAAAGGUUCAAAAUAGUCCGGAUGCUACUUAUGCUCCAAAAAUAGAGGCCAAGUUCUGCGAAGUUCGAUGGGCAGAGAUGACCGCCAAACAGGUUUAUGAUUUGUAUCGUUCUUUGUAUUCGUACAAACCAUUGAUCACACGAUUGGGAAAAGAUCCGGUGAAAAUAUUUAGGCUCAGUUACUCAUCCGAACGAGAUUCGGAGCUUCAAGCAGGAUUUAUUCGAUACUGUCGAAAAACCAAGCGAUUACGAGUCGGUUGUCAAGAUAGAAGUACGGUCGUUAUCGAACAGCUGUCUAUUGGAGGAAAAAAAGUUAUGAGUGCUCAAGAAUUCAGCAAUGGUUUUCUUAGUAAAAUAGAACCCCCUGAUAGAGUGUUUCGGUAGAUUAAUAGAAGGAAUUCUGAAAGUCGAACACUAUAUUUGCUGUUUCAUUCCCUCUUGAUUUUUUUUUAAUUUUAUUUUGUUUAAACCCUUUGGUGCAGAUGAUGAUCCUAACCCUUGAUUACAAUCUAUGGCAAAACAUGAUAAUUAAUACACCAGGCCAUGUUUAUCAAUUCCAUGUUUAUCGAAUUGACAUUUUUCGUAACAUCCCCCCGCCCCCUAUGUCACACUUUAUGUAUAGAGCAUCUGAAAGAUUUAUAUGUAUCGUCACACUUCAGACAACCCUCUUUUAAGCGCUACGUUAUUUAUGAAUGUUUCCUUAGUUUUUGAAAUUUAUUCACUUUUUCCAAAGGUUGAUUUUUUGUUACAAAGUAAAUAUUUUAAGAAAAA